CCAGUUGCCACCUUUGCGAUAUUGGACAUGCAUGUAGUUUAUCGUUGAUAUACAUGUAGUAAACGUUCGUGUCGCCUGUUCUCAGUAGAUUAAUCAAUCAGGGACCUUGGACAGUAGUAAUCAAUCAGCCCGCGCAGAGGUUGACACAGGCGCCAAGGAGACGCGAUGAGUGUAAUUCUUUCUAGAGAAACCAGCUUCACUGGUCCGAGAACAACACCGAAACGAGUGAUCAAAACGGACGGUGAGGAAAUGGGAGCCCAUUUUUCACGUCACCAACUUGUCUCACUUGGAAUUGGCUAGAGUACAAGGACAGAGCCACACCUGAGUCUGUAAGGAUGGAUCAUGAUUGGCACUCAGGCAGACGGCAUCGGCACUAUGAUGAUGAUGAAGACCAGCAGUCCAUCUACAUUGGGGUGCCGAUGCCGAAGGGCUACAGGCGUAGGCGGCGCCGCCACCGCCACGCGUCGCGCCACGCGGGCGAGGAGGGCCGUCGCGAGAGGCGUCAUCGUCACGGAGAUCACCACGAGCACCACUCCACUCGCGACGAGCACUAUGACGACACGGCCUCUGAGGGACUCUCCCGACACCAGUCUCAGAUGUCCCUGGCGUCAGACGUCAACUCCACCAUCUCCCCUGCGGCUGAGCGUCUGCGCUGUCUGCUGGCGGAGGAUGAUGAGCCGACCCCCACCAUCUUCACCGAGAUGGACACCCUGCAGCACGAGGGCGGAGAGAUGGAGUGGAAGGAGUCUGCCAGGUGGGUGAAGUUUGAGGAGAAGGUGGAGAAGGGAGGUGAGAGGUGGAGUAAGCCCCACGUGUCCACCCUGAGUCUGCACAGCCUGUUUGAGCUGCGCACCUGCCUGCAGACCGGUUGCAUCCUCCUGGACCUGGAGGGAUACUCCCUGCCACAGAUCAUUGAUGACAUUGUGGAGCGUCAGAUCCAGGACGGCCUGAUUGGCCCAGAGCUGCGGGAACAGAUCAGCUUUGUGCUGCUGAGGAAGCAUCGACAUCAGACCAAGAAGCCCAUCCACCGCUCCCUAGCAGACAUCAGCAAGUCCUCCAGCCCCACGCCUGCCAAUCAUGCUCAGAGUCAUAGUAUGACCGACAUCUCAGACACCCCCAGCACUGACCAGCUGAAGAACAAGUUCAUGAAGAAGAUCCCACGCGAUGCAGAGGCCUCCAACGUGCUGAUUGGAGAGGUGGACUUCCUGGAGAAGCCAUUUGUGGCCUUCGUGCGAUUGGCUCAGGCCACAACACUGGGCGGGCUCACCGAGGUGCCUGUGCCAACCAGGUUCUUGUUCGUGCUGCUUGGACCUCCAGGCAGAGCCAAGUCCUACAAUGAGAUCGGGCGAGCCAUCGCAACACUCAUGGUGGACGAUAUCUUCAGCGAUGUGGCCUACAAGGCGAGGGACCGCGAGGACCUGAUCGCUGGGGUGGAUGAGUUUCUGGACGAGGUCAUCGUGCUGCCUCCGGGAGAGUGGGACCCCAAGAUCCGUAUCGAGCCCCCCAAGAAAGUGCCCUCAGCUGACAUGCGUAAGUCUGUGUUGAACCUGAAUGAGGUGGGCCAGAUGAAUGGUACAGCAGGAGGAGGCAGAGCGGCCUCUGAUGACGAGGAGAUGCCUGCCCCUCAUGAACUAGGGGAGGAGCUGGCCUUCACCGGGAGAUUUUGUGGAGGCCUGUAUCUGGACAUCAAGCGUAAGCUGCCGUUUUUCCUGAGCGACAUCUACGAGGGUUUCCACAUCCAGUCGGUGUCGGCCGUACUCUUCAUCUAUCUGGGCUGCAUCACCAACGCCAUCACCUUCGGAGGCCUACUGGGAGACGCCACCGACAACUACCAGGGGGUUAUGGAGAGCUUCCUGGGGACGGCGUUAGCAGGGACGGUCUUCUGUGUUUUUGGUGGCCAGCCUCUCAUCAUCCUCAGCUCCACCGGGCCCAUUCUCAUCUUCGAAAAACUGCUCUACGAGUUUAGCAAGAAUAACAACUUUGACUACAUGGAGAUGCGUCUGUGGAUCGGGCUGCACGCGUGCUUCCAGUGUCUGCUCCUGGUGGCUACCGACGCCAGCUACAUCAUCAAGUACAUGACGCGCUUCACAGAGGAAGGCUUCUCCAGCCUCAUCUCCUUCAUCUUCAUCUCCGACGCCAUCAAGAAGAUGGUGGGCUCCUUCAAGUACUACCCCAUGAACCGCGGCUUCAAGCCCGACACCAUCACCACCUACAAGUGCGAGUGCAUGCCGCCUGACCAGAAUUCCUAUGUGGCGGACAACUAUUCAGUUCCCCUUGGCCCUGACAACAUGACCGAGCUGUUCAACAUGACAGGCCUGGACUGGACUCAGCUGGGCAAGGAGGACUGUGUGAAGUACGGCGGGGAUCUUGUGGGGAAGGCCUGCAAGUACGUGCCGGACCUGGCCCUCAUGUCCUUCAUCCUCUUCUUCGGCACCUACUCCAUGACCAUCUCCCUCAAGAAGUUCAAGACCAGCCGAUACUUCCCCACCAUGGUGCGCUCCCUGGUUGGAGAUUUUGCCAUCAUCAUCUCCAUCCUGGUGUUCUGUGGCCUGGACUUCCUACUCUCACUGGACACCCCCAAACUGCAUGUUCCCACUGAGAUAAAGCUGCGUAAGCUCAUCAGUGAUUUCGCCAUCUUCAUGGCCAUCAUGACGUUCGUGGGCCUCGACAUGCUCAUGGGUCUUAAGACACCUAAGCUAAUUGUUCCCACCGAGUUUAAGCCCACGAGGCCAGACAGGGGCUGGCUGGUGAUGCCCUUCGGGAAGAACCCGUGGUGGGUGUACAUCGCCUGCUUCGUCCCGGCCCUGCUCGUCACCAUCCUCAUCUUCAUGGACCAGCAGAUCAGUGCUGUCAUUGUCAACCGCAAAGAGAACAAGCUCAAGAAGGGUUGUGGGUACCAUCUGGACCUGUUCUGGGUGGGCCUGCUGAUGGCAGCCUGCUCCUUCAUGGGGUUGCCAUGGUACGUAGCCGCCACCGUCAUCUCCAUCGCCCACAUAGACUCCCUCAAGAUGGAGAGCGAGAGCAGCGCGCCGGGAGAACAGCCGCAGUUCCUGGGAGUGAGAGAGCAGAGAGUGACAGGAACGUUGGUGUUUGUGUUGACUGGAGUCUCCAUCUUCCUCGCUCCUAUACUUCAGUACAUUCCAAUGCCAGUUCUGUAUGGAGUCUUCCUGUAUAUGGGGGUGGCAUCUCUGAAUGGCAUUCAGUUCUGGGAGCGUAUUAAGCUGUACCUGAUGCCGGCUAAGCACCAGCCGGACUUCACCUUCCUGCGCCACGUGCCCUUGCGGAGGGUGCACCUCUUCACCCUGGUGCAGAUCACCUGCCUGGCCGUCCUCUGGAUACUCAAGUCCACCGUCGCCGCCAUCGUAUUCCCCGUCAUGAUACUUGGGUUGAUGGUGGUGCGGAAGCUUCUGGACUUCAUGUUCUCGCAGCACGACCUGGCCUGGCUGGACGACAUCCUCCCCGAGAAGGACAAGAAGAAGAAAGAGGACGAGAAGAAAGGGAAGAAGGACAAGAAGAAAGGAAAAGCCGCUGCGCCACACGACACGGACGAGGAGGUUAAGUGUCCCAAGGAAUCCCCUGUGAAAAUUGCAAUGGAGGUCCUUGAUCCACCUGGUGACUCCGCCUCUGACCCCACCUCCUCUCCCUCUGACCCUCCCACAUCAGUUUAAGGCGCAGCCUCCUCAUCCAGAUGAAGAGGAUCUGGACCGCAGGUACUGUGUGCUGCGGCUGCACGUGCCCUACAACGACCUCUUAUACCCCCCACAACAACACCCAGGAGACUGGGACCAAUACGACUAGCCAGCACAUAUACCCACCUCAUAUACCCACCUCAUAUACCCCCCACAACAACACCCAGGAGACUGGGACCAAUACGACUAGCCAGCACAUAUACCCACCUCAUAUACCCAGGAGACUAUGACCAAUAUGACUAGCCAUCACAUAUACCCACCUCUUAUACCCCCCACAACAACACCCAGGAGACUGGGACCAAUACGACUAGCCAUCACAUAUACCCACCUCAUAUACCCAGGAGACUGGGACCAAUAUGACUAGCCAGCACAUAUACCCACCUCAUAUACCCCCCACAACAACACCCAGGAGACUGGGACCAAUAUGACUAGCCAUGACAUAUACCCACCUCAUAUACCCAGGAGACUAUGACCAAUAUGACUAGCCAUCACAUAUACCCACCUCAUAUACCCAGGAGACUAUGACCAAUAUGACUAGCCAUCACAUAUACCCACCUCAUAUACCCAGGAGACUAUGACCAAUAUGACUAGCCAUCACAUACACCCACCUCUUAUACCCCCAUAGCAUCCAGGAGACUAUGACCAAUAUGACUAGCCAUCACAUAC